CCGCGCCAUGCUGCUCUUUUCACUGCACUUGCACUCUCCUCAGUUCUCACAUUCACUUCUUCCCAUGGAAACCUUCAGAAAAUCUUCUAUAAAGCCUUGGAAGAAAGGUCCAACCAGAGGCAAAGGCGGUCCUCUGAAUGCUUCCUGCCAAUACCGGGGAGUCCGGCAAAGGACAUGGGGCAAAUGGGUGGCAGAAAUCAGGGGGACCAGGAAAUGAACCAGACUCUGGCUUGGUUCUUUUGCUACUGCAGAGGAAGCUGCCUUGGCUUAUGAUGAGGCUGCAAGGAGACUCUAUGGACCUGAUGCUUACCUCAAUCUCUCUCACCUUCAACCCAACUCAUAUUCUCAUCCUACGAACAGAUUCACAUGGAUUCCUUCAAAGGAUUUCAUCUCCAUGUUUCCUUCUUGUGGUCAAAAGCAAGAAGAGCCAGAGGCAGAUAGAAAAUCUGACAACCAAGGAGAAAGAUGUGGAUAUUUUGUCAGAGGAAAUGCUGCAGCGAGAGAAACCACAGAUUCAUCUAAAUGAGUUCCUUCAGCAGCUUGCAAUAGUGAGAGAGGAAAAGCAGUCACAAACAGGAGGAAUAGGUGGAAUUCCUACACAGAAAUUAUCAGAGUCAGUGAUGGAUUCUAAUGUUAGCAAUUUCGAAGAACUUGUAGCCUUCAGAGAGAAGAGCUUCAACUGGGAUGCUCCAAUAGAGAUGAAUGGAAUUGGAGCAGAUCAUCAAGGAGCAGAUGCCAGCUUCCAUGUUCAUGAUAUUCUAGAGGAGCUAAUGUGGCCUACAUCCAUUUGGAACUUCUAAAAUUAGUAAUAAAUAGAUCUCUUGAUC